AUGCAUCCAUUUUUGAUGAUCUAUCUAUCUAUCUACUCUAUCUAUAAAGAGAUGGCAACCAAUGAUGACAAUGAACCAGAUACAACUAUACCACAAUUUGAAGAAACAACUACAACAACUACAACGACGACAACAAACCAGGAUAAUGAUGACAAUGACAAUAUAGAUAUACCACCACCUCAACCUCAACAACCUCAACAACCAAACAAACAAGAACAAAAAAUGAAACUAGAUUUCUUGUAUGAUAUAAAAGUACAGACAAGGGAAUACACUAAACUCAAAGACACUGUAUAUGGUCAUAUGGAAUCUCUACGUAGUGAAGACCAAGUAUUGACAGAACUUAUAAAUGAAAAGAAUGCUCUAACUGUAGAGUAUCGUCAACAUGAACAAGCUCUCAAUGAUAUUGUAAAAGAUUUAAAUACUGUCGAUAAAUUAAUACAAGAUAGAAGAAUGGAAAAGGUAAAUAUACAAAAACAAAUAGAUGUAUUACAAGAGGGACAACUCUCAAAACAAAGACAAAAAGUAAAUGAGAUGCGAAGUAGUGUUGGAUUGGAACCAUUGCCAUCGAUUGAAAUUGAACGCGAUAAAUUACAAUCAUCAUAUCUUACAAAAAGAUUACAUGAAGAGAUUCAAAACAAAGCUGCUGCUGCUGCCGCUGCUGCCACCGCAUCCUCUUCUUUAUCAUCUUCAUCAUCAUCUUUACAACCUCCAACCAAAAAAAGACCUGGACGUCCUCCAAAAAAUAAACCUCUGCAAUAA